AGACAACCAUGACUUAAGUGACUUGAGUGUGGUGAAUCUUGACCCUUCAGUGGUGAAAGCAACAGUGCAGUGCAAUGGACGUAGAGUGGUCAGACCUCGAAUGCAGUGGAGUAUCAGCUGACGACAUCUCCAGGUGCGCGGCCGUCCUACGGGAAAUGAGAGCUGCUGACUUGGAGCGCCCAGAGUUUGCUUCCAUACGCGAGGCUGGCGUGCCCUUGUUCAGAAGAACCAUUCUCAAAGAGAGAUUUGGAUCAGAGGAUGUCCUGCACUUUCUGAAGAAGAAAUCUGAUGUUCAUCAGAUGACGACCAAGCUCCAGCGCUUGCACAAAGUUGUGAAGGAUGAGCAUGAGGUUCGUCGACAGAAGGCUGAAACUUGCGGAAUGAACCUGCGGCGCAAAGCCGACCUCGCAGCAAUCAAAGCAGAGAGUCAGCUCCCUGAACCGGAGUUCCUGGCCAUAAUAGGCCCUUCUGACGGGGAAGGUGCAGAAAUUGAGGCCAAUGAAGCUCCGCUGGCAGACAUAGACCGAAUGUUGAGAGCACCCUUGGACAGCUUCUACUCCAAUUGCAACAUGUGCAGAGGUCAGUACAUGGACCACCACCACUUCUAUCAUCAGCUUUGCCCCCGAUGUGCAGACCACAACUGGGAGAAGCGUCAUCAGACAGCCGACAUGAACGGCAUGGUCUGUGUGCCACCUUCCAAGUUUAGCCUGUUUUGCUGGGGUGGCAUUGACAAAUCAGAUGUUUAUGCUUCCUCGGUUGUGCAGGUAGUCACUGGUGGCCGAGUGCGAAUUGGCUAUAGGAUUGUCUUGAAGUUGUUGAGAGCUGGCGCCUUCGUCCUCACGACUACCAGGUAUCCGAGUGAUUGUGCUUGGCGCUUCUCCCAGGAAAGCGAUUAUGAAGAAUGGCGGCACCGGCUGGAGGUUUGUGGUCCACUGGAACUUUGCGAUGUGCGUUUGGUGGAACAUUUCUGCGAUCAAUUGGUUAGGCGCUUUCCACGAAUCAAUGUGUUGAUCAACAACGCUGCGCAGACCCUAACCCGUCAGAAAGGAUGGAAUUUACGCAUGGCAGAAUUGGAACAAGCGGCGGCAUUCCGGCUCCAUGAGAAUUCCAAAACACACAGCACAAAGGCGCCGCAGAUUUGCCAUCCUCAUCAACUUGCUAUUGCCCAUGGACCACAUCAUCAGCUACAUGAGUCACACGAGCCUGGAAUUGAAUUGGCCGUCCCACGUCCAAGCGCCGCAUGGAAGGAUGCACUUGUGCUACAGGACUUUCCUGAAGGCGAGUUGGACGAGUCACGUCAGCCCUUGGAUCGUUCGAUGACAAACAGUUGGUCGAGGCGCAUUGAAGAUGUCGCAACAGUUGAACUGCUACAGACGUUGGCUGCAAAUACUGCAGCGCCAUUCAUUCUGUGCAGCAGGUUGGCCAGUGUGAUUGGACCAAAAUGUGAUGCCGCACCAUUCGGACACAUUGUCAAUGUUAGCGCUUUGGAAGGCAAAUUUUCUGUGAAGAACAAGAGCUCGGGUCAUCCCCACACUAACAUGGCAAAAGCAGCCUUGAACAUGAUGACCCACACCUCUUGCAAGGACAUGUUCCGCCGGCGCAUCCUCAUGAACUGUGUGGAUACAGGAUGGGUGACAGAUAUGGCACCUGAUGGAGUUGGGCAAGUGGCAGCAACUCACGACACGUGGGUGGGCCCACCAUUAGAUGAAGAGGAUGGAGCAGCUCGGGUUCUGGACCCAAUCUUCAGCCAUUUGAAAGAUCCCACGUGGCUUUUGCGUGGUAAAUUCUUCAAGAAUUAUUACGUUUGUGGAUGGUGACGUCCUGAGAUGCAAGAAGUUUCGAAGUGUCACCAUGCCAAUUCCGGCAGCGGAGAAAAACUGUGCCGAUUGCCAGUGGUACCAUGCGCAAGACUAAUCCGGUCCCAAGAAGAUGUUUGAGCGUGCAUUUUGCCGACAGGUUUCAGAAGACAAUGCUAGGUU